CUCUGCACACUCUUAACUCGCUUCUCUCUUCUUUGGCUUCGUCUCCGGUUGUCCUUUUCCUUCUUCCCCAUUCCUUCUCGACGUACCACAAUGCUCGAUAGUGCCGCCGGUUAGGGCAGCAGACCUGCAGCCCUCUCCUCCUCCCGCUAGAGUUCCUAGGGCAGGUUGCUUCGUCUCCGUCAUUGCGCCUUCCCCUUUUCUCAAUCUGAGGGGUGCGUUUUCCCGGAGAGAAACCCAUUUGGGGGUUUCGGAGGCUUCGUGAAAUAAAUGUUCGAACUUUGGGGCAGUUGGAGUAUCUCCAAAACGUUCCGUGCUGUUUGGUUCGAGGGUCUCAAGCUCGGAUUUUUAGAGCGGUCUUUGGAGUAGGAUCGGAUUUGAUGGCUUGUGUUUGGGGUUUCGGUCUGUUCUUUCCCCCGAUGAAAAAGGAUGUUGGUAGGUGGAUCAAUGUCACCGUAUCUUGAGUGAAUCUUUUUUGGAUCAUAAAGUGUUGGGAGGAUGGGAUUGGGAGCGGAGGAGGUUUGGCUAGCAGCGUGGGCAAGUGGUGGAAGAUCGAAGGAGGAGGAGGAAAGGAAACAGAACAAGGGCGAGGAGACCCUGCGCUGGAUUAAGCUUCGCUCGAUGGGGGGUUGCAUGUCUUCCAAAGCCAAUGUGGACACGACGAUCAGGAGCGUCGGCACACCGCUUGGGGAAACCAAAUCAACAUAUCCAUCUCCUUCUAAAGCCGUCGAUGAUCUGAAAUUUUCAUCCCACUUGCGAAAGUUCACCUUCAAAGAGCUGAAGUCUGCCACAAGUAACUUCCAACCGGAUGGCCUUCUCGGAGAGGGAGGAUUCGGCCGUGUUUACAAAGGAUGGAUCGAGGAAUAUGGAACAGCUCCCGUUAAACCUGGCACCGGACUUACUGUUGCCGUCAAGAUGCUCAGCCAUGAUCGAAUUCAAGGGCAUAAAGAGUGGCUUGCCGAAGUUAAUCUUCUUGGUGAUGUUCGACAUCCAAAUUUGGUAAAGCUGAUUGGAUACUGCAUCGAGGAUGAUCAGAGACUGCUGGUGUAUGAGUUUAUGCAACGUGGAAAUUUGGAGAACCAUCUUUUCAGAAGAUCCCGGGAUUUGCCAUGGUCGAUUAGAAUGAAGAUUGCACUUGGUGCAGCAAAAGGCCUUGCUUUUCUUCACGAGGAAGCCGAGAGACGAGUAAUAUAUCGUGAUUUCAAGACAUCCAAUAUCCUGUUAGAUGCUGAUUUCAAUGCCAAGCUCUCGGAUUUUGGCCUCGCUAAAGCUGGUCCUGAGGGCGACAAGACUCACGUAACAACGAGAGUGAUGGGAACAUACGGAUAUGCAGCCCCGGAGUAUGUGAUGACAGGACAUCUGACAACGAGGAGUGAUGUCUACAGUUUCGGCGUUGUGCUGCUGGAGAUCAUGACAGGGAGGAGAACGAUGGACAAAAGACGACCGGCCGGGGAGCAAAACCUGGUGGAGUGGGCACGUCCAUACCUGGGAAACAAACGACAGUUCUACAGGAUUAUAGAUCCUCGUCUGCACGGCAACUUCUCCGUCAAGGGAGCUCAGAAGGUGGCGCAGUUGGUGCAGGCUUGUGUCGGUCGGAACGCCAAGGCUCGACCGCUGAUGAGCGAGGUGGUGGAGGUUCUCAAACCUCUGGUCGAUCUCAACGACAUCGCCAGCAGCUCCUCCUCCUUCCGGGCCAUGACGAAGGAACGCGCUGCUUCGAUUGCCGCCUCCCACCCGAUCGAGUGCAACGCACAGCAGCCGAAGAGGAGCAGCAUCUCGCGUGGCUCUUCCCCGUAUCCCCACCCGAUGAGGAGCUUGUCGCAUGGCAGUGAACCAUAGGGAUCGAGCAUGCGUGCUUUCUCAGUCACAUCGAGGAACUCGGGACUACAAUUGAGCAUUUGUAUGUUUACUCUCUCGGAUUAGAUUAAACAUGGCAUUACAAACAUUGUGCAGCUAACGGACAGGCUUAGUUUUGGAUCAGAUA